CAGUAACUAAAUGUUACCUGGGAUAACCUUAAGAGAUAAACAAAUAAAUCGCACAUUGAAUCUUUGAAAGAGAUUAUACAACUUCAAAAAUCUUAACACAAGAAAAUGUUUGCCUCCAGGUGUAUAUCCCACAGAUUACUUGCUUCACCUACUCGAAUUUUUCGAUGUAUAAACAGCUCAAGUGAUAUUGAUCUUCAUUUCAAACCAAGAUUUACUGAUGAGGAAGAAGCAAAGAUAUUAAGCAUUAUAAAUCAGGAAAACACUGACCAACUUCUAAAGUUUGACAUGACCAGGGGUAGAGUAAAAAACUUAGAAAUGUGGAGAAUAAAGAAUGGUCCUUUUCACUCUUUGUCUGAGAUACUAGAGGUUGAGGGUCUUGGAGAAAAAGUCUUAGAAAGAUUGUGCAAUAGCAUAAUUUUAAACAAAACAAAUGACAACAAUCUAAAAACCGCCCAAGGGAAUAGAAAACAAUUGGUCACUCCACCAUUUGAUACAACAACAUUAACAAGGCUUCAAUCUGCUGUUGGGAUUCAUGCUUGUGCAACUGGAGUUAGCUGGGCCAAACUAAACAAAGACACAAAUGAAGUAGAUGAUUGGAAUUUUCAAGAUUUCAGUUUUCUCCCAAAGAAAAUGUUAUCCACAGAAACUUAUGAUAUUGCUGUUGAGAUUUUGAAGAGGUUGCCUGAUGCUGAUGUCUACGUAAUGGAAGCAACUCCAACAAUUAGUCCACAGAAUCCACAGGCAACUAAAGCAUUACCUGCCUACAAUCAGCACAUGGAGUUGACUUCAAUGUUACUUGCAUUGAUCAACAGCAGUGGGAAACAUGGAUGUAUUGGGAAACUAGAGGGUGGAGGGCUUAAAAACGGCGAAUAUGACAUAUCUCGAAAUAAGGUGUACUUUUUAAGGGCAUAUUUAUCCGCAAGAUUGUUUAAAACCUUAGUGGGUAAUGAACGAGUAUCAUCCGGGGCUAUUAUUAGUAAGUUAUUAGAUGGCCAUGAUGAUUUACCAUGCACAGCCAUCACAACAAAAGGAUUAAUUAAAUCAGAAUUUAUGUCACAGUCAAGUGUGCAUAAAGAUCUGUUAGGACACGCUCUCAUGUUAAUUGUCAGCUUUAUGAAUCUAUGUGUUUAUAAAAACGCUGCUAGUUUGCAUGUUAUUAAUAGUCGUGGCCGAAAAAAUUAGACAAAUUGGGAAAAUAUAGCAAUUUAUGUUUAUAAACAAGUGUUUCACACAUAGAUGGCGCUACGAUGCAGUUUUUCAUGUUGCAAUCAACAAGUUGAGGCCAUUCCUCAUUUGUUUGUAUUUUAAUCAAGUUCCGCAUGUAUAAUAUCAAGGAAGUGUUUAAUAUGAAACGUGAAUCUUGUGCAUAGAUUAUAAUUAACGCGGAAGUAACUCUGCUGUUCAUUGCCAA